UUAUGUCCUGCUGAACGCAGCCAUACAUACUGCGUUAUACAUAUCAUAAAGGUUUCCCGCCAAAAUAGAUAUUUGUAAAGUGUUUAUAUGCUGAAUUUAUACUUGUUUAACUUGGUAUAUUUCUGCAUAUUUAAUCAGUUUUAUUCAGAUACUCGAAUAUAAUCGUAAAAUGGAAGGUUUUGAUGAUCCAGGAGUGUUUUUCUCGGAUAAUUUUGCUGUAGACGAAACUCACGAAAACCAAGCAAAUCUCCAACACUCGAAAAAGAAAUUCAAAGAGUUUAUUCGGCAAUUUCAUGAGGGUAACUUCAACUAUAAAUAUCGUGACACCUUGAAGCGUAACUACAACCUUGGUCAAUAUUGGCUGGAAAUUAAUUUAGAAGAUCUAGCAGCCUUCGAUGAGUCGCUUGCUGAGAAAAUUCAAAAACUUCCAACUGAGUACUUGCCUAUUUUGGAAGAAGCUGCAAAGGAUGUUGCAGAUGAACUCACAGCACCUCGGCCAGAGGGUGAAGAAAAGAUGGAAGAUAUUCAAGUGCUGUUGUGUUCAGAUGCUCAUCCAAGUUCUCUAAGAGGAAUGAAGCCUGAUAUUGUCUCCAAGAUUGUUAAGAUUCCUGGUAUAAUUGUGUCUGCAUCUGGUAUUAGAGCAAAGGCAACAAAAAUUGCAAUACAAUGUCGCUCUUGCAAAGUUACUCAAGUCAACAUUCCUAUUAAACCAGGUUUGGAAGGGUAUGUGCUACCAAGAAAAUGUUCAACGGAACAGGCAGGACGACCAAAAUGUCCUUUAGAUCCUUUUUUUAUAAUGCCAGAUAAGUGCCACUGUGUAGACUUCCAAGUUUUAAAACUUCAGGAAUUACCAGAUCAUAUACCACAGGGUGAAAUGCCUAGGCAUUUACAAUUGUAUUGCGAUCGAUACCUAUGUGACAGAGUUGUGCCUGGUAAUAGAGUGUUGAUUCUUGGAAUAUAUUCUAUCAAGAAGGUAUCUAAGACAGGUAGCAAGAAUGCAAACAAGGAAAAAGCAUUAGUAGGCGUUCGAGCUCCGUAUAUUCGAGUUCUGGGAAUUUCUGUGGAUGGAGAAAAUACAAAUAUCGGAACUCAGCCGCCCGUUACUUCCGAAGAGGAAGAUCUUUUCACUCGUUUAGCUGCAGAUCCGAAUUUAUAUGAGAGAAUUGCGAAAAGUAUAGCACCUAGCAUUUUCGGUGCGAUCGACAUAAAAAAGUCUAUAGCGUGUUUGUUAUUCGGUGGAUCAAGGAAACAGUUGCCCGAUGGCCUGUGCAGAAGAGGCGAUAUCAAUGUCUUGAUGCUGGGUGAUCCAGGCACUGCUAAAUCACAAUUGUUGAAAUUUGCAGAAAGAGUGGCCCCCGUAGCUGUUUAUACAUCGGGGAAAGGUAGUUCCGCGGCUGGUUUGACAGCAUCUGUAUCGAGAGACCCAGCAACUAGGAACUUUGUCAUGGAAGGUGGCGCGAUGGUUUUAGCGGAUGGUGGAGUCGUGUGUAUCGACGAAUUUGAUAAAAUGAAAGAGGAUGAUAGAGUGGCGAUACACGAAGCCAUGGAACAACAAACAAUUUCUAUAGCGAAGGCGGGAAUAACGACAACUCUGAAUACGCGUUGUUCUGUGUUAGCAGCAGCUAAUUCUGUCUUUGGUCGUUGGGAUGACAUAAAGGGAGAAGAAAACAUAGAUUUUAUGCCGACAAUAUUAUCACGUUUCGAUAUGAUAUUUAUUGUUAAGGAUGAACAUGAACAUAACAGAGAUGUAACUUUGGCUAAACAUGUUAUGAACAUUCAUUGCAACGCUGGUCAGAUCACAGAACAAUCGGUAGAAGGCGAGAUCCCUGUGCAUAUUCUUAAGAAGUAUAUUAACUAUUGUAGAACACGUUGUGGUCCAAGGCUCAGCGCAGAAGCAGGAGAGAAAUUGAAGAAUCGUUACGUGAUGAUGCGAGCCGGUACAAGAGAACACGAAAAAGAUUCCGAAAAAAGAUUGUCCAUACCUAUAACGGUCAGACAACUUGAAGCUGUUAUACGAAUGUCCGAAGCUCUAGCCAAGAUGCAGAUGCAAUCUUUUGCAACUGAAGUCCACGUUAACGAAGCUUUGAGGCUUUUUCAAGUGUCUACAUUAGAAGCUGCAAUGUCUGGAUCAUUGGCAGGAGCAGAAGGAUUUACGUCGGAAGAAGACCACGAAAUUCUAUCCCGCAUCGAAAAGCAAUUAAAAAAUAGAUUUCCUAUUGGACAUCAAGUAUCUGAACAGAACAUAGUAAAAGACUUUCUUAAACAAUCAUUUCCGGAACGCGCCAUUUACAAAGUUAUACAUACGAUGAUACGUCGCGGUGAGCUUCAACAUCGUUUGCAACGUAAAAUGUUGUAUAGGCUGCAUUGAAGAAUAACAGAAACAUCUUCAAUGUAUAUUAUAUAAUAUCGUAUUGUUGCGCUUUUGUGUGUUACAUAAUCCAUUCAACUAUUUCAAUACAAACUAAUGAUUCCUUAUGUAAUAAUUUAUAAUAAUAGUGGAAGUUCACUUUUAAAUGGAUAAUGAGGAUGAUUCUCGAUCCUGAAAAACGGAUAAUUUAUUAUGUCCAUUAUUAAGCAAAGCAUAAUUUUUUAAAUUAAUUUUACAGCAUUUUAACUAACACAUAGAAAAAUGGAAUUUAUGUAAAAAAUAUAUAAUAUUUUUAUAUUACAGAAUAUUCCAAGUGUCUCGUAAUAUUUAAAAUAAUAGAUGUGCAUUAACUUACCCUUUGAAAAAUAAGAAGUUAAAGAUUCUUCCAUUAAUAUCUUGAUCUAAAAUACUCAAUUGUUCCAUAUCUUUUUCUGUCAAGGCAAAAUCAAAUAAAUCGAUAUUUGAUUUGAUUCUUUCCGGGGACGAACUUUUGGGAAUAAUGAUAAUGCCCAAUUGCAGUAAAUGACGUAACAAAAUUUGCGCCGUCGUUUUCUCAUGUUUUGCAGCAAUAUCUCGGACAAUUGGGUGAUUGAGUAGAUCAGGAAACUUGUCUAAACUGUAGUUAUAUUUUGUUUGAAAGUGCGCCUUUGCAGCUGGAGAUCCCAAUGGACUGUAGCCCGUUACAAUGAUAUUGUGUUUCUUACAUAAUUCCCGAAUUGAUUUUUGUUGCAUAUAUGCGUGCAAUUCCACCUAAUAACACAUAAAAUUCACUUUAAAAACUCAUUACAUUAAUUUAUAUACAAUGUAUAGCUGUCUAUAUAUUUAUCAUACUUGAAUCUGAA